AUGAGAUACCGAGCUGUUUUGCACAUUGCCGCUAUAAUUGCUGUCCUCCUUAUAACAUGGGGAAUCACAAUCAAUUCACCUGACAUACAUGAGAAAGCAAGAAGGGUCCUUGCAACAUCUGCACCUGUGACAAAAUGUGGCCUCUCCAAGGUCUGUCCACCUAACCAUUUUGCUCUACAUGUCAAAAGUGGAGCAGCCAAUGUUGUUGGGCCAAGGAUCUGUUUUGAGGAUAAAAUUAUUAUAGGUCAUAUGCUGAAUAACGUGGGACCAGGACUGAACAUUGCUAUCAUAAAUGGUGAAAAAGGAGUUGUGGAAAAAUCUGGCUAUCUUAAUAUGAAAAUUGGAAGACAAGAUGAGAUCCUGAAGUACCUGAAUGACAUUAAACCUGGAAGGAUUGUUAUGGUGGCAUCAUUCGAUGACAUGACAAAAAAAUUGACAAAUGACAUGAGGGAGGUAUUUGUCAGAAUGGGAAGCACUUUGAUCAAGUCUGUACAAAGCAGAGAUAACUGGGUGUUUGUAGGAAGAACAGGGACAGGAAACAGAAGCUCCUUUGAGAAGCAAGCUGUUAAUGAUGAGAAGACCAACCUGUAUGAAGGAUGGCCUAUGGCGGUGGAGGUGGGCGGCUGUUUUCCCCGAGGCGCUGACGGACCGAAACCUUGA